CAAGGGACAAGGGACCAGAGACAAAACAGGAUGAUGAACAAUCCACUGAACCUAACUUCGAACCUCUUCUUCUUCAUCUUCAACUUGACCAUCCUAUACGCAGCCCACACAUUUUCCACAUUCCAACCAAAGCAAACGAAUCUCAUAUUCUACGUCCACGAUCACUUCACCGGCGACCACUCCACGGCGGUUACUGUUGCCGGAAAGACUGGAGCGGUCUCCAACAUCCUAAACUUUGGCACUGUGGCGAUAGUUGAUGACCCAGUUACAGAAGGACCGAACAUCGAUUCAAGACUGAUUGGUAGAGCUCAGGGUAUGUACAUAAAUUCGCAACUUGAUGGGAAAGGCUUGUACAUGGUUUUCUCUGUGAUAUUCAGCAGUGGGGAAUUCAAAGGUAGCAGCUUGGAGAUUCAGGGAUCUGAUAUCUUCACAAUGAAGGAAAGAGAGUUCGGAGUCGUGUCUGGCACUGGUUAUUUCAGGUUUGUAAAAGGAUACGGAAUUAUGGAAACCGAGUUUAUGGAUAUAGCUACUCUUAGGGCCACUCUUAAACUCAAUGUAACACUCAAACAUUACUGAGAAAACUCACUGUUAUGUUUUCUAGAAUUUCAUUUCUAUCAACAGAUCCUUUUAA